AUGACGACAGACGGUGUAAAAACAGAACGCCCUAUGGCGGCGGAUGACGGCACCAAUGAUGCAAGCGGUACGGGCUUCAAUAGCGUCACCGGUAUGAGUGGCGGAGCAGCCGGUGGAAAUUUCGCCGGAACACCUAAGGAGUCCGCAAAAUCACAAAACAUUCGACGAACUAUAGUAAAGCCAGUAUUUGAAAAGGAUAAACAAAGUUUUCUACUUGACUUGCAAAUGUUCCAUGAAAAGCAUGGGACACCGUAUUUGAAGCUUCCGAAAAUAACCGGAAAGGAUGUAGAUCUCCAUAAGCUUUACUCGAUCGUCAUCAGUAGAGGUGGUUGGAUGAAGGUCAACGCACGAGAAGACUGGGAUGAAGUAAUAGAAGAGCUGGAUCUACCGACGCGGUGUGUCAAUAACGAAAUUGCACUAAAACAGAUCUACAUUCGCUAUCUGGACCGUUACGAGAGGGUUAACUUUCAUGGAGAGGAUAAAGACCCCGCCGAGGAUGAAGACGACGAAAAGCGACUCCAUCGACGCUGGUCCGUUCGAAUGCUUCACUCAACGCCGACCGUAUACAACCACCACCAGCACAAUGUGCCAGAAGGGCUUCGUAGCACCUUGAAACUUUCCGACGAUUUGUAUCGUGCGUCGGAGUACGAUAAGCUGAUCCUUUCGCUGCUUUCUCCUCUCCCGAACGAGCAGGACUUUGCAAUUAAUGUGUGUACGCUUAUGUCCAACGAGAACAAGCACACACUAAAGGUGGACAAAUGUCCAAGGCUGAUGUACGCUCUGCUUGCCCACGCUGGAGUAUUCAAUCACUUCUCCUUGAGGAACACGUUUGACGAAUACUACUCGAACAUACGCAAAAACUCUUUGCAGCGAUUUUGGAAAGAGUGUCUCUUUGAAAAACCCCAAGUGUUGGAGUUAUCGCUCGAAGAUUGCUUCGCCAAGAUGGACACGGAUCCUAGCGCUUUGAUUGCUUCCAUAUAUCACGAGGAGCAAGAAGAAUCGACCUCAAAAGCAGACAUAGCGGAAGAAGAGAGCGAACAUCAGGAUCGUACAGUAAUGAGUGGAGGCUUAAGCACGUCAUCGCUUCGCACGUUUCUCAGUCUAGGCACGGGGCUGGGAACGAAUGAUUACAUCGGACAACGGGUGCUGCAAAUCGCGUCCAUUUUUCGUAACCUGAGCUUCAAUGAUGAAAAUUUGCACGUUCUAGGACGCAAUCGCACCUUUAUACGCUUUCUCAUCAUGUGCGCUAAUUCACGGUGGAACAAUUUGCACCAUCUCGGCUUAGAUAUGCUAGGAAAUAUUGCUGGUGAGCUCGAUAUUAACGAUCCCCAGUCGGAUGAAGUGACAAGAUGUCUUGUUUCGACGCUGUCGGAGGGACUGGAAGGCGCCGAUCGUGGAGUUAUCAUCAGCAGUUUGGAGGUGUUGAGCAAGAUCGCACAAAAGGAAUCGAACGAGGAAAAUCUUAACCGUUGCCUCAACCAAACGGUCUACGACCAAAUAUCUCUCUUUCUCUGCCUGAACGAUAUCAUGCUGCUGCUGUAUACGCUAGAAUGCAUCUAUUCGCUCACGUCGAUGGGAGAAAAGCCUUGCAAUGCCAUCAUGCACAUCCGAGGGGUGAUCGAUACGCUGGUAUCGUUGGUAACUGUGGAAGCGCAGAGUUACGGACCUGACGCUUGUAUCCUCAUGCGUGUAGUUGAAACUAUCCCCGGUAAUAUGGCACCCCAUCAUGGGCAAGGUACGUUUUAUCCAGGCACCGUAGGGCAAACAGGCCCUCUCCAUCAGAGUGCACCACCAUCGAUGGCGCAGUUAACCGUCCACAAAGAAGGUAGUCAAAUGCAAGUGACCAACAGUCCACAUGUAAUCUAUCCAACCCCCGAAGUACCAAAGCUCUCGGCGAUUACGGUCUCCAACAAGCCAGUACCAUCGCCUUCGGUUGUGCAACCACAACAGCAACAGCAGAUUGUGCAGACGGUGGUACCACAAUCGCAACUACCGGGCCAAGGCGCUGUUACAAACAGCAGUCAGGUACUGAACGUAUCUCGCCCACCAGCGGCAGAUUCUCCCCAAAUUCCCGUCAAUGUGAUUGCUCGCGCCGAUCCAACCAUGGUUGUCACACAUGGCGUUACCUCUAAUAAGCAGACUUCAGGGCCGAAUGCAGGAUCCUCGCAAACGACUCCUGCUGGGAACGUGACCGUGCAAGGCUCGCUCGUGUCUGCGUCUAACUCGAUAGCUGCGAAACAUAUCCAACAGCAACAGGCGCAGGAAAGCGAACAGUUCGCAUAUGCGUGGUUGAGGGCAUCUUUCGAAGCCGCUCCGGCAGUACGAAUGGAGCAGCAGGAACUGUACAAGCUGUAUCUGGCAACGAACGCAAAGCUGGGUCGGAAGAUAAUCAUGCCACAGCCCCACUUUCCGCGGUGUGUACGAGCUGUUUUUGGUGGUACGGUAGGACCGGUGCAGCUGAAAAUCGAACAGAAUGGCAUCGAAACCGUCGGUUACUACUACGAAGGGCUGAGGAUGCGCUUAAAACCAUUGCCGAUCGUGCAUAAGGGAACGGUUCUGACACCUGCUGUAGACAAUAUUCCGACCAGUGGUAGCACUAGUAGUAGUUCUUUUGCGAUGGCCAAACAGGAGGAGCAGACGGUCCAAAAGAUUACCUCAAUUGACAGUACAACCGCAGUAACUUCCGCAGCAGUAGAAAACGUUACUGUUUCCCUUCAUUCAACGGUUGGCAGUAUCGUAACCAAUCAAACAAUAUCACCCACCACGAAGCCUAAUAUUAACACCUCAAUACCCGGUACUGGUACUGUUACUGCCGGGCGAGCAAUAGUUUCUGUUGCUCCCGCGAGGUUGGAGAACCGAUCUACAGGCCUCAAUCAGUCCCAAGGUGCACACAUCGGUCUCCGUUCAUCAUCGGUUAUCGCAAUGGCUCCUCCAAGCAACAAUGCGGCUUCGGCAGUUUCCACCGCUAAGCAGCCCCAUCCCGUAUCCGUGAAGGCAAUCUCCUACCAAUCGAGCAACAAGCUACCUCAGGCACAGCAAACUCAACCGAAAGCAAUCCUACAAUUUGCUCAACAGCAACAUCAACCCACCAAAUCGUUUAUGCCCAGUUCCGCCAGCAGUUCGUCUUCAUCUAACACUACGGGAGGAUCAUCUACGUCGAUUGGCAAACAAAUCAUAGUCACGCAAGUUGGUGGCAAAAGCGUCAUUAUCAAUAAGGCGUCCUCCGGCCAACAACACCAGUACAUUCCGUCGACACCGUCGUCACCGUUGCUCCAGCAAGUGUUGAGCAGCGAGCAGAAGAACAACGUAAUUGUGGUUAACCAAACGACCAUUUCCCCGCAACCGGCUGGUACGAUCCACAGCAGUCCAGGUCCAAGUGCGCUUCUACAUGCCGGCACCGGUACGACAACGAUCAUGAACCAGUCGGGCACGAUAAGCUCGACGACGACGAACCCAUCCGCUCUGAUAAAGAGCCUCUUGGCGAACAAGGUAACGACGGCGGUCACCGAUAGUACGCUCUCUGCUGCUACCGCUGGCGCUACUGCCACUGCCGCCGCUGUUGCUGCUGCUGCUGGUGCUCCUUACUCCAGUAGUUUAUCCACUACUACCAUCACCAACUCUCCUACUACCAAUUGUUUGAUUGCACCGAAUGUUAACGUGCAUCAGGUCGCUCAAAGGCAACAAAUGCAAAAGCAAAAGCAAAUGGUCGAUCAAAAAUUGUUGCCGGUUGGUUCUACCUCUACCAACCCGUCGGUCGUGGUAACCUCAAACAACCCGAACAAUCUGACCAACAUCAAGGUGGGUAAUUCGACCAUCUCCAUCAAACCGGGAACACUGCCGACGAACACCGUCAUAACGGCGACAAAUCCGCUUGAGACAUCAUUCAACGCACCGCCACCGUUGGCGCCCCUCAGCCAACCAGGCAGUCAGCCGGGCACGAUCAUCAAGACGAUCCCGGGAGAACCGAUGCAGCACCACCCGGCCACUACCAGCAAGCUGUUGCCGAACAAAGUGCUUUCGGAGCUGCUCGAGAAGAAGCCGGGCGAAAUGAUCAUUGCCGGCGAGACGACGAUUAAGCGGAAAUUCGAUGGAACCGAUCCGUCGAUGGAACCCCCGGUAAAGCGACUGGAAGCUGGACAGGCGAAGACGGCCGAUUUGUACGCGGAGCUGGCUGGUUCGAUAACUCAGGGCGAAGACAUCGAUGAUACGGACCAAAAACUGACCCAAGAAACAGAGCAACAGAUCAAGUUGAAGCUGCAGCAAAACACGCAUCAUCAGCAGUUGCUGCAACAGCAACAGCAGCAACAACAACAGCAGCAGCAACUACAUCAACAGCAGCAAGUGAUUUCGAUGCCUGUGUCCAUGCAGCGACAAAUCAUCGUUGGACCAAACAAUGUCCAACCAAUGAUCAUUUCCGCACCAACGGGAAAUGCAAGCAACAAUUCCAUACCCCAGCAUCUAACCUCCCAAACGACGGCCACGAUCAAAACGGACAGCGGUUUCCAGACCGUGCCGAUUAUCCUGCAACACAACGCAGUCGGUGGUAGUUCGCUUCAGUUGCAAAAACCACCAGGCGCCCCCACCGGCACCAUUAUGCAGUCGGCGGUUCUUUCGGCUCCACAUCCGCAGCCAACGCAAUACAUUUUGGCCACGAAUCCGCAGGGUCAAACGUACGUGGUAGCACAGCAGACACCACCACAACCCCAGCUGCAGCAAACGGUUCUCCUCGCAGGACCUUCGCAGCAGCACGGUGGUCCAGGACAGAAGACGAUCAUCAUCGUGCAGCAGCAGCCGGGCUCGGGGACACCGGGCAUGUCGCAAAUCGCCCUCCAAGCCCAGCCCAACUCCAGCCAAGGUCAGCCACAGAAAAUUUUUCUCAACCAGCAGGGGCAGCAAAUUCUGAUGACGCAACUGCCCCGGCAGAUGAUCGUAAGCCAUGGUGGUGGGCCGUCGGUUUCGUCGGGGACAGCGAUCAUCACGUCCAGUGCUUCGUCGACGAUGCCUGCUAGCGGUGGUCAGAUGGUCGUCUCGGCCAGCGGUGGUGGGACGAUCAUCGAGAAGAAACCGAUCUACAUCACUACGAACGCGCAGGGCAACACGAUCAGCUUCGAAGGACCUCCUCAGCAGCUGCAAAUGCAAUCGGGUGCCACUGGGGGUUCGUUCCAGCUUAAACAAGUUGGGACUUCCGGGGUUCAGCAACACAUUAUUCAGCAAUCGAACAUUUCAUCGGGAACCGCUGGUGUACCGCAGACUAUUCAACUCAUUCAGCAGCAAGGAGGCAUGGCACAGACACACGGACAACUCCCAGUAACGACGCAGAGCGUCCAACCAACGGCGCAACAAAUUGUAUUCCAAUCGCACGGUGGAGGUGGCACGACUGGCCAGGCUCAGAUCAUCCAACAGCAGAUCAUUCAACCAGCCUCGAGCCAGCAACCGGCGCAGCACAUUGUACAGAAAAUACUGCACCAGCAACAGCAGCAGCAGCAGCAUCAUCAUUUGAUACAGACUGGUGGCGGUAAACCGAGUACGUCUCAGAUAAUAACCGUCCAGCACCAGAAGCAACCGACCUCCACGAUGACGCAUCAGCAGCAGCAGCCCCAGCCCGGACCUUCUCAGUUACCCCCGACGCUAACGAUCCAGCGUCAGACGGGAUCACUUUCCCAAUCGAUUGUGCCUGCAAAACCGGUCCCGGUUCCAAAUGUUGGCCCCACGGUAGUAUCGUCUGUUCCUGGCACUCAACCGGGACUUCCGGGUGGAAAACCUCAAAUUAUCCAAGUCGUCCAACAGAAGCUGACGACAGGACCCGGUGGGGUAAAUCCACCACAGGGGUCUGGGACGCAACCUGCCCCUGCUUUGGUGUCUUCGAUAACGGUGACACCGAUAAGCAACCCGCCAAAUGUAACUAGCACCAUUACGGGUGCCUCUAGCGCUCCCCCGGUCGCCGCUGGCCCAUCCACAAACGUUGGCCACUCGCAAACUAUGUCGGGUUAUCCCAGUGCAUCUGCGAUACCACACACCAUCACGUCUGGGGCCAUGGCGGCGUCGGCUACAUCGGCAAGUGCAGCUCCGGCGGUUACCAACACGAUAACGAUUCCUGCCUCGGUUGCGGCCGCCAGCGGUAACGGUGCCAGUAUCCAGAUGAUUCCUGCGAUGGACCCCCAGAAGAUUGUGGAGGAGGAUGUCGAUCCUGGUUGGUUGUACGUUUGCGAUUGGCGCGGGUGCCCGAAGAAAAAGUUCCACUCCAUCACGGAGGUGUUCCGGCACGUGUGUGCCAUUCACUGCCCUGAUACGGUAGAUGUCACCGCUGAUAUCUACUGCCAAUGGGGACCGGGACCGAACCUGUGCGACAAUCUGCCUCGGAAGCGGUUCUCACUGAUGACACACCUGUUGGAUCGACACUGCACGGCGGAGUCCUUCAAAGUGGCCGCUCAGAGAAGGCUCUCUGGUGGGGCUCAGCAAUCGACCCAGCCGUAUCCGGUUACGCUCAUCCGGCAGGCGGGUUCCUCCAGUACACCGAACAGUUCGCAGCCCAGUGGCACGACCAGUACCACUGUAGGUGGGCGAGGAUCUCCGGCCCCGGCGUCCUGUAUCAAGGUGGAAGCCACUAGCGGCACGGAGAGUAACAACAAUGGGAUUUCUACGUCGUCCGGCUCAACGAACGGGCCGGGUCAGCUUUCGGCAGCUGGUCCAGCGGCCCUGCAUGCUAUUAAGCGCUAUUCGUUGGAUUACGUCAACUCAAAGGAAUUCCAGGACGAAAUGGAGGGUCCGGUAACGAAAAGUAUUCGCCUUACAUCCGCACUCAUAUUACGAAACUUGGUCGUAUACACUAAUUCGGCCAAACGAAGCCUUCGCAUGUACGAAGCACACCUAGCCGGUGUGGCACUGAGUAACGUGGAAUCAAGCCGAACGGUGGCGCAGUUGCUGUUUGAAAUGAACGACACAGGGCCAAACUACUAAUGGACAGCUCUACUAUUGGCCCGUCGGGAAGCAUUGUUUCGGCAUAUGUUUGCGGUAGUCGGUUAUGCAUUUUAUCUUACCCAUCUUUUACCGUUUGUAUUACGUUUCCCUUCAUGACAAAAGCCUUACUACGAGUAUUUUUAUACACCAUCUCCGUUGCGUUAUCCAUGUGCAGUAAACUGUAAGCUGUAAAUAAACGAUGUAUGGGCUGCCAUAAAUGCAGCAAGAACCAAAUAUGAUAAAUGCUAAUAAAACAAUAAAAGUGGAAUAGAA